AGGACGACCGCACCGUGUACACAGGUGGCAAAGGAUGCGUCAAGGUAUGGAACAUCACAUCCCCACCCCAGGGCUACGACGGUCCGCUAGACACCCACACCUACGACACUCCACUGGCGGCUUUAGACUGCAUGUACGACCACUACAUCCGUGCCUGUAAGCUGAUGCCGGACGGCGGGAGUCUGAUAGUAGGAGGGGAGGCGCAAGAGUUAACGCUUUGGGAUAUAGCGGCGCCUCAGCCGACUAUGUUGGGUCUGUUGAAGAGCGAUGCGCCUGCGUGCUAUGCACUGGCGGUCACGGCCCAUGGCGGCGGUCAGAGUAGCAAUCCGUUGUGUAUCUCGGGUUGUAGUGAUGGUGUGAUAAAUAUAUGGGAUGUGCGGAACCAGCAAUUGGUGAACAGCUUCAUGGGCCACCGCGACGGUGUCAGCUGUGUGGACGUGUUCAAGGACGGCCACUCCAUCGUCACUGGAGGCCUGGACCACUUUGUGAGGGUUUGGGACCUGCGCAUGUACAAACAGGUCGAUAAUGUCCCGUUCCCGUCCUCGGUAUUUUCGGUCGGGGCUGGGCCGGACAAAUGGCUUGCGGCCGGACUGGAGAAUCACGAGGUCAGAAUAUUCAGCGCCGGCCGAAAGGAAACAGACCAGAACUUUGCCAUCUCCAAACACAUGGGUUCGGUCUUGUCGCUGAAGUUUGCUUCAAGGUCGCCAUGGUUACUGACCACCGGCAAAGACAGCUGGAUCAAUGUCUUCAAAGUACCUCAAGGCACCCCAGUAGCCGAUUACCAAGAGAGCAUGUCUAUCCUCUGCAGCGACAUAUCUGCCGGCGAUGGCUUCGUAGUGGUUGGCUCGGGCGAUCAAUUCUCAAGGGUGUUCCAAGUGCGAUGAUGCGUAUAGAUAAAGAACUAUAAAUAGAAAAGCCUGAAUUUAAAUAAACGAGAUUUGGGUUACAUGUCCGUGUGUACUCAGACGAGCAUUAUAUCCA